AUGCCCACGAGUGAGACAACUGCAGACCUCAAGGUCCUCCCAAGGGCUGCCGACCCUGCUGCUACUACCAACAUACCUCGCAAGGACAAGGACAAGAACCUCGUCUCCGCCAGCAGACUAGCACCCGAGAUCGUCCUCCUCAUACUGUCCUUCCUCGACUACCACGAUCAGCCCUCAAGUCUCUGCCCCAUCCUCACACUCUGCAAGCCCUGGGCCCGCCUUGCCCUCGAAUUGAUCUACGAACAGCCCGUCUUGACCCUGAAGAGUCUCCCCAGCUUCAGUAUCACCCUGGGGCUUCAAGAUCGACUCCGCAAUGGACAGACUCCCUUUUGGGAGACAAACAUUCAUUUGGAUGGACGAAAAUGCCUGGGGAUCGAUUAUCGAUCGUUGAUCAAGAGACCUUGUCGGAUCGUGGGGACAGUGGCACCAACGAAACAGGAUCUGGUACAGUUUUGGGAUCUUCAGGCUUUGCUCUGGACUGUGCCUGCUUUGGCUACUGCCCCUGUGACGAUGAUAGGAUCGCCAUCGCUUUCGACGGUUGCUCCUUACAGCUCGCCACCUCAGUCGCCAUUGUCGCCAACUUCGAUUGAACAGUCAUCAACGUUCUCACCAACAAUGGCAGCACCAACCCCAACAACAAUCGAAGAGCAAUCGUCUUCAGUAGCUACACCAUCACCACCCAGACGAUCAUCUUCGUCGUCUCCGUCCCCCUCCAAGGCUGUGCUGUUGAGACGCAAGAAGAAGACCCUUCCACCUCCAGGACCCGUCGUCAUGAUGCUCGAGUCGACAGCUGCGUUCUCAGAGAUAAUGCAUGACGUCUUGCGAGAGGUCCCUGGAAUGAAGCUACGUCAUCUUCACUACCGACUCAUCCCUGGCGUGUCCCUUUCAGACCUCGUCAGGAAUCACCUGUCAUCCUUACAGGAGUUGGUCAUCUCCCGGUCUCCAACUCGAUUGGAUGACUUCAUGACCAUCGCCCGAUUGCUCUCGGGGAACGAUAAUAGCAACAACAGCGGUGACGAUACCAGCGAUACCAACUCCUCAUCCCAGCGACAGCAGCAGCAACACUCACAGAGGAGUCAAAUCCACAGGCUUGCACUGGAUCGUUGCCAGGGAGCAGGAAUGACAGCUCUGACAGAGUUGGUGCGCGCGUGUGGAUCUCACCUCAGGACCCUCGAGUUCCGUCAACAUACCGUGAUCCGCCCUGCCGGUGGAGAUCUCGCACAGUUCCCUCUCGAUGCUCCUGGAGAUUGGAAUGCACAAGAGAUUGCUCAAGAGGCGUUCGAGAAGGAGUUGGCAGAGAACCCUUCGAUGUCUACUUGUGAACCGGGACAGGCCUGUCGACAGUGCGCCUCUUUUGCUGACAUCAACAGCAACAGCAGCAAUGGUAAGGCGCACGAGACACGUCAGGACGACAGGCUGGAGGAAUCAGUUGAGGAUCUUUCUAUUGCAAGCGCGACUAUUACACCAGCUGCUACCAACAAUGGAACGGCCGCGUCUACAACGGGUUCGAUCCAGCCAACACCAGACCACCAGCAACCAUUACAACAACAGCAGCAGCAAGGAGCUGGCAUCCCUCCUGUAGGAGUCGACCCCGAGACGCGGAUGGACCUGGCGAUGCUUAUGGUGUCCGAGCUCUGCCCACGACUUACACGACUCCGUUUACAGAACAUGACCUGGUUGUCUGACAACAGCUUGGCAGGAUUCCGACCCACCUUUGACCACCUUCACCGUUCGAACAAGGAGGACGACGGUCUUGCCCAACAGCAACACCGUGGUUUGAAGGAAAUUGAGCUCUUGGAUUCGUACUAUGCGUCUCAGGUGACCAUUGAGGGACUUUUGGAGCUCUGUGGUCCUGACUUGGAGACCCUUGUAGUGGAUCGAAGGUCGUGCUGGAGGACAAGGACAAGGACCCAUGUCGCCGACGCUCAGGAUACCCAUACUCAACCUCCUGGAACUGCCACCACAACCACCACCACAACAACCACAUCCACUUUGUCGGAGCAGCAGGCGGGGCUGUGUGUUGGUUGUAUGAAUCGGGAGAGGUUGAGACGUUUUAGAGACGAAACCAUGUCGACAGGAGACCGAAUUAUCUCGGGGCUAAUUUCGGACACGACGACGAGAACAACAAGGGGGCAGGUCUCUUGUUCGAUCCGGCGGCAGCAGGUGGACGAAGAGGAGAAUGGACGUGUACAACAUCAACGACGACGACAACCACGACUACCACGAUUGAGUACAUUGAUGCUGAUUGAGCAUUGGGUGAGUGUCCAAGUGGUCAAGGAGGCCCUUUGCGAGUGGAGCCAGACACUAGCCGUCGUGAGCCUCCGUCUCUACAAAUGUUCCAACCAGGAAUUGGAGGACGCCCUUGUGCCCAAGGAACAAGGUGUUAGAACAAACAGUGGUCAAGGAGCAACAGCAUUGGAGAGACUCGAGUUGAGUCUGCCGUGGAUUGCACCGAACGAGACCGAGAAGGAGCUUUCAGGGCUGGCUGAUAAAGUGUUUGAGGCACAUGCAAGCCUGUCCCUUGUCGAGAUUAACAGGCGAACCUGGAAAAGGAAGGCUUCCGCUUCCUCCUCCUCUUCUACUCGUGCCCCUUCUUCACCCACUUCAUCGUAA